AUGGCAGAGAAGCACAGCCUCUCUUCUCUGGCCGCCCAGUUCGCCGGCGGAGCUUCUCGGGCGCUCGCCGGGAGCUCGCGAGGGCUUCUCCUGAGUGCUUCGCGUCCUCGGUUCUCUGUGUCUUCUCCAGAGUACAGGGGAAAAGAAGCCAGCCACCAGAGCCCCGGGUGCGAGCGCCCACACAGGGCGACGAGAUGCAGGGGGAGACCGACUGCCUUCGUCCUCGCUCUUCUUCUAAGUCUCGCGCUGGUUUCCUCGCAGACGUCCGCCCGUCCCACACAGAGCGCGCCCGGGCUCCUCCCGUACUCUGCUGUAGCGCGGGAUGAUCCUGCAGCUGCUGCAGAGCGAGACAAGCAAGCGGUCGCCUUUGUCUCUUCGCGUCCAGCCGCCCUUUCCUCGGUUUCCUCUCCCGCUCCUUCCAUAGCUCGUCAAACUCUGCCAGACACCCAAGAGAGCGAGUCCACGCCCCUUGCGCCCGCUCGCGACGGCUCCUUCGGGAGAAGACGACUCCCUCUCCUGUCUCCCUCUCCACCCCGACGCCGCUCCACCCCUGCUUUCCUCUCGUUUUCUGGGCUUCUGCCUGGGCUCUCGCCGCCUUCCACUUGCCCUUCCGCGCUCUCGGCCGCUUCGCCCUCGCGGUCUGCGCCAGCCUCUCUCCAGGCGGAAACUGAGAACAGCAUGUGGUGCAGCACCUCCGCCUCGCGAACAGGCAGCCGCGCCGCUGAGACGCACGCCCGAAGGACCGCGCUUUUUGACCGACCCGACUCUCGCGCCUCGUCGGCGCAGGCCGUUCUCGAGGCGCCAGGACACGCGGAGAAGCCGGGGAGGGAAAAGGGCGAGGGAGACGCGUCGUCCCUCGACCGCGGAGGCGCACACAAAAAUGCCGAGGACCCCCUCGCCGAAUAUGUCAAGAAACACGGAGGCAAGCGGGUCAUCCGCCGGGUGCUCAUUGCCAACAACGGCAUGGCAGCCACCAAGUCCAUUUUCUCCAUGCGCCAGUGGGCCUACAUGGAACUGGGAGACGACAAGCUCCUCGAGUUCGUUGUCAUGGCGACGCCGGAAGACAUGCGCGCGAAUCCCGAGUAUGUUCGUCGAGCGGACAAAAUCGUCGAAGUGCCUGGCGGCCCGAACCGCAACAACUACGCGAACGUUGACCUCAUUUGCCAAAUAGCGGCUCAAGAGAAGGUCGACGCCGUGUGGCCUGGCUGGGGGCACGCCUCGGAGAAUCCGAACUUGCCGCGGAGACUGAAAGAGCUAGGCAUCACCUUCAUUGGGCCUAACGCGGCUGUGAUGGCGGCCCUGGGCGACAAGAUCGCCGCGAACAUCCUCGCGCAGACUGCCGGCGUUCCGAGCAUUCCCUGGAGCGGCGAUUCGCUCAAGGCGCACCUCGACGCGUCAGGCUCCAUUCCCAAAGAAGUUUUUCAGCAAGCCACUGUGCAGAGUGUGGAGGACUGCGAGAAGGUGGCGGCGCGCAUUGGCUACCCGAUGAUGAUAAAGGCGAGCGAGGGAGGCGGCGGAAAAGGCAUUCGCAUGGUGGAUCGCAAGGAGCAGCUGAGAGCGGCGUACGAGCAAGUUGUAGCCGAAGUCCCAGGGUCGCCGGUCUUCAUGAUGCAACUCUGCACUGGGGCGCGACACAUCGAAGUUCAGAUCUUGGGCGACGAAGAUGGCCAGGCCGUCGGCUUGAGCGGCAGGGACUGCAGCACGCAGCGACGCUUCCAAAAGAUAUUUGAAGAGGCUCCGCCCACUAGCGUCGUUCCGCCGCACACGAUGAAAGAGAUGGAGAGGGCAGCUCAGCGCCUGACGCAGUCGCUCGGCUACGUGGGAGCAGGGACGGUGGAAUAUUUGUAUAACAGAGAGCAGAACAAGUUCUUCUUUCUCGAGCUCAAUCCUCGUCUCCAAGUCGAGCAUCCUGUGUCUGAGGGCAUCACGGGCGUCAACUUGCCCGCUGCGCAGCUGCAAGUGGCCAUGGGAAUCCCGUUGUGGCGAAUUCCGGAUAUAAGGCGAUUCUUCGGGCGAGAGCCGAAUGGCACAGACAAGAUCGAUUUCAUGAAGGAGGACUACGUCCCGAUAAAGCGGCACGUUUUGGCGUCCCGCAUCACCGCGGAGAACCCGGACGAGGGCUUCAAGCCUACAAGCGGCCGCGUCGACCGCCUCGAGUUCCAGCCGCUGGAGAGCGUGUGGGGUUACUUCUCGGUCGGCGCGAGCGGCGGCAUUCACGAGUACGCGGAUUCGCAGUUCGGGCACAUUUUCGCGGCUGGGCAGAACCGCGAAGAGGCGCGAAAGAGACUGGUCCUUGGGCUGAAGCGCGUGGAUGUGCGAGGCGAGAUCCGGACGCCGAUUGAGUACCUGGUCCAGCUCCUCGAGAACGAAGAUUUCAAGGAGAAUCGGAUCGAUACUUCUUGGCUAGACAAGCUGAUCAAGCAGCGGAAAAGUCUGGGCGAGAAAAAGGUAGACAAGGCCCACGUCGUUCUAGCUGCUGUCCUCUUCAGAGCCAUCCGUGCGCUCAAGGACAAGGAGCAGCAGGUUUUGUCUGCGCUGCAACGCGGGCAGCGGUACAUUCACGACUUGGCGUCGCUCAACUCCAUCUCGCAGGAGAUCGUGUACGAGGAUCAGCGCUUCACGUUCCAGGUCGUUCGCACCGGUCCGCAGCUGUAUCUGUUGAAGCUGAACGGCCAAGAGGUGGAGUGUCUGGUUCGCGAGCAGCCGGACGGGUCGUUUAUCGUUCUCUUUCCGGGGGAGAAGUCGCACAAGUUCAACGGGCGCGAAGAGCCGCUUGGGCUGCGCCUGCAGGUCGACGGCACCACGGUGCUCCUUGCCAACGUCUUCGACCCCUCCGAGCUGCGCUCAGACGUCACAGGCAAGCUCGUGCGGUACCUCGUCCCCGAGCGGGCAAAAGUGAACAAGGGCGAGCCCUACGUGGAAGUCGAGGCGAUGAAGAUGGUCAUGACGCUGACUGCGGGCGAGAGCGGCGUCCUCUCCCACGCGAAAAGUCCCGGCAGCGUCAUCAGCACCGGCGACAUCCUCGCGACGCUCGAGCUGGAGGACCCCAGCCGCGUGAAGAAAAUCAACGACUUCACUGGCGUCCUCGACUUGCCGGGUGCCAGGAAGAGACUUGCGCAGGCUGAGGAGCCCGACGAGGCGGCCUCAGCCGGAGAGAAGGGACUGAGGAGAGAGGAGAGCGCCUCCGUCGCCGCAGCGCCGACUUCGCUCUUUGGAAGCCCAGAAGAGGAGGCUGCCAUGCGGCUUCGACUCGCGAUGGAGGGGUACGAGCAAGACAUCGAGUCGACCGUCCAGAAGCUCGCGUUUCCGGCCGACGUCGAUCCGAAGAAUCUGCGGGAGAAGAAAGAAAAACUCACCGAGCUCCUCGUGGAGCUCUUCCAGUCUUUCCUCAACGUAGACGAGUACGUCUCCUCCCUCCAGGGAAGUGAAACUGGAGUCGACGGCCGAGAGGGCAACGCCAAGGGGGGCGACGCCGCGACGCUGCUGAAGAUGAAGCUGGCGCACAGCCAUCUGCAGCCGCGCAUCCAGCUCGUGCUCUCUCUGCUGCGAGCUCUGCAUACUUUUCCGAACUACUUCCCCGACUGGACGAUGCCGGUCUCGCUGGAACUCUGUUUGAAGCGGCUCUCGGCGCUCCACGGCCGCGAGUACGGUCCAGUGGCGCUCGAGGCGGUGCGCCUUCUCCGCUCCUUCCGGGUUGCGCCCUUCGAUCAGCGCGUACAGUUGCUGAAGGAGCAGCUGCGCCGCAUUCCCUCAGCUGGCGCCCCGUCUCUCUCCGGCGAGGCCGCGAGCCAGGCCGAGCGCGUGGCGCGUUCGAGCACGACUGCGGCUGGCAUCGACCUGCUCUCGCAUCUGUUUGGAGACGCGGAAGUGGGGCGGCGCGCGUUGGAGGUCGCUGUGCGGCGGCAUCACCGUGGCUUCCCCAUUACUGCACUCCGCACGGAGGACUUUGAGGUGGAGCGUGAAGGCAAGACGAAGAAAAUUCCGAUUGCGCUCUGGAGCUUCCGCCAGGGCGACCUCAGCGGCGAGGCCCCGCUGCGUUCAGGCGUCAUGGGCGCCUUCGGCAGCCUCGCGGAGAUCCGGGAAACGGGUCAGCGACUCUUGGAGAGGCUCAGGCAAUACGACGAAGAAGAGCGGCGGAAGGAGGCCGCAAGUAGGCGAAGCCCGACCUGGGCAGCGGCGCCCGGCGCUGUGGGGGGGCGGGUUGCCCCUGCCGACAGCUCACACCGCCAAGCGGAAACCGACAAGGCACAGGAGCCAAGGAACGUCUUCGUCGCCGCACUCGCGACCCCUCUGGACGGCUCAGCCCUUGGGGCGACGCCGAGUGUGACUCACGAGAGCUCGGAACACGGAGAAGUCGCGGAGGAACAACUUCGCGCAGAGAUGACCGGCAUCCUUAAGUGCCUCGAGCCGUCGCUGCGGAGUGCGGACGUCCGGCUUGCGGCCGUGCACGUGCCUCAGGCGAAGAAGCCCUGUCGCAUGUUCAAUUUUCUUGCUGCAGAGGGAUUCGAGGAGUGCCGGAUAAGGAGAGAUCUUUGUCCCACUGUCCCCUCGCUGAUGGAGCUGAAGAGUCUCGAGCCAGCCUUCAACCUGACGCGCCUCGACGCUCUCGACCCCAAUACCCAGGCGUACCUGGCUCUUCCAAAGAAGCCGAGCGAGCUUCACCACAGAGACGCAGCGCCGCCGUCCUCUGCAGCGUUGCCGAAGAAACGCGCGAGUGCGACACAAGCGCCUCAGAACGUGUUCGUGCGUCGACUUAUCUUCGAGGACGACGUGAAGAGCGACCUCUCGGAUCUUCCGCGUAUCUUUCUGGAUCUCCUGGACGUGUUGGACCGCUGCUCGAACGACCCGCGCGUCUCGGCCGCGGCGUCGGGGCGCCUCUUUGUGCACAUCGUCUCGCCGCUCAGUCUCAAGUCCGCGAAGCAGGCGACAGAGUAUUUCCAAAAGGUCAUCAAGCGCUUCCAGAGCGAACACAACGAGCGGCUGCUGCGCCUCCGAGUCGAUCAGAUCGAAGUGAAGAUGCAUCUGCGGAAAAGCGGCGAGGGCGGCGGCGAGCCGGCGCGCAAAGACAACAACCAGGAGAAAACAGGUGCGUCGGAGUCCUUUGAGAAGGAAAAGGAGAGACUCCAAGUGCUGCGACUGUCUGUCAGUUCGCACCAAGGACGCUGGCUGCAGGCGGACGCGGCAGAAGACGUGCCGCAUGUCCUCACGGGGGACCCAAUUGCGCACCGCCGGUUUGUCUUCACAGAGGAGGGAGGAAAAAGCGCACAUACAGACAGCGAAGAGGGCGGAUCUGGGAAGACACAGCCUGGGAGAGGCGGUUCGGAGACUGCAGCCUCAACCAGCGACGACGACGCUCCGCGUUCGAGAAGAAGGGGAGAGAAAGACGGUGACGCAAAUGUGCGAGUCUCCGUAGGCCUGAAAGCGCUGCGGGGGGGGACAGCGGAGGCGCUGGGCGGCAGAGAUGGAGAGGCAACCAGGAGCCCGUCUCUCUCGGCUGAGUUGGCGGACGCGCACAGGAAGGACAAGGAAGUACUCUCCCUAGCGACGCCCGCCUCGAUUGCGCCGCAGCCGGAUCUCGCGCUUGGGCAAGAGAAAGGCGUCGACCCCUACCCUGAGUUCGAUCGCGUAGCCGUCACGAGGUCGGCUGCGCGGCGCGCCGGUUCCACUUACAUCUUUGAUUUCCUGGGUCUCCUGGAAAUCGCCUUGCUGCAGAGUUGGCAGAUGCAUCUGAAGGAAAAAGGAGAAAAAGACGGAGGAGCAGGCGGAUGGGACGACGCCGUGCCCCGAGAUCUCUUCAAGGCUGAAGAGUUCAAGAUUUCCGCAGAUGGCAAGCUGUAUUUGGACCCGGACUGGAGCGUGGCGGACAACAAGAUCGGCAUGGUGGGGUUUUUGAUUACACUCAAGACGCCAGAGUACCCCAGUGGACGGCAGAUGGUUCUGCUGGGCAACGACAUCACGUUUCAGGGCGGCUCCUUCGGCGUGCCUGAGCACCGCUUCUUCACGCGGGUCUCGGAGUUUUCCCGCCUCCACGGGUUGCCUCGCGUCUACAUCGCGUGCAACAGCGGCGCACGCAUCGGCCUGUACGAGGACCUGAAGGACAAGAUCAGAGUGGAGUGGAACGACCCGGGGAACCCGAGUCUCGGCUUCAAGUAUCUGUACCUCGACGCGGAGGAUCGCGCCAAACUGCCCGAGGGCGUCGUCACGGGGCACUUUGUGGGCGAGGCCGCGGGGGCGGCCGACGGAGACGAGAGUCGGGCGGGCGCAGAGCACCAGUCGGGAGGAGGACGCAGGCGCUUCGUCAUCGACGCCAUCAUCGGCGAGCCGGACAAGUUCAUCGGCGUGGAGAACUUGCGCGGCUCUGGGACGAUCGCCGGUGAAACCAGUCGGGCAUACGACGAGACGUUCACGCUCAGCUACGUGACCGGGCGUUCUGUAGGCAUUGGCGCGUACAUCGUUCGCUUGGCGCAGAGAACGAUUCAAAUGAUCCGGGGGCCGCUGCUGCUGACGGGGUACCAGGCGCUGAACAAGCUGCUGGGAAGAGAAGUCUACGCCUCGCAGGACCAACUGGGAGGCCCCGAGGUCAUGUACCGCAACGGCGUCUCGCAUCUCGUGGUGCAGAACGACCAGGAGGGAAUGAAAGAAGUCCUGCGCUGGCUCUCCUAUACCCCGAAGACCGCGCGAGACAGUGUGCAGACGGCCCAGGGGUUCACGACCGACCCCAUCGACAGAGACGUCGAGUUCGAGCCAACCAAGAUGCCCUACGACGUCAGACACAUGCUCGCCGGAUACUACAGGGACGACGGAUCCUUUGUUUCUGGAUUCUUUGACCGAAACUCCUUCAAAGAGUACCUUGCCGGAUGGGGCAAGAGCGUCGUCGUCGGCCGAGCACGCCUCGGCGGCAUUCCCUUCGGCACGAUCGCAGUCGAGACUCGCCUAACGGAGGCGAGACAGCCUGCAGACCCCAGCAGCCCCGAUUCGCGGGAAAACGUCGUCAUGCAUGCAGGUCAGGUGUGGUUCCCUGACUCCGCAUAUAAGACGGCGCAGGCCAUCAACGACUUCAACCGGGGCGAGAAUCUGCCGUUGAUGAUCUUUGCGAACUGGCGUGGGUUCUCGGGAGGGACGCGCGACAUGUUUGAAGAAAUCCUAAAGUUUGGCUCGAUGAUUGUCGACGCGCUGCGAACAUACAAGCAGCCGGUUUUCAUUUACAUUCCCCCUCACGGCGAACUGCGUGGCGGCUCUUGGGUGGUCGUGGACCCCACAAUCAAUCCGCAGAGAAUGGAGAUGUAUGCCGACACGAACGCGCGCGGAGGCGUCCUCGAGCCGCCAGGAAUAUGCGAAAUCAAGUACCGCGCGGCCGACCAAAAGGCGCUCAUGCAUCGAAUCGACGACGUUCUGAAGGAGCUAGACAAGCAGCUGCAAGACUGCCAGACCGACAGUGAUGCGAUCGAGCUGAAGGAGAAGAUCAGGAAGCGCGAGGCGGCGCUGGAGCCCCUGUAUCUUUCCAUCGCUCGCUUCUAUGCGGAUCUGCACGAUCGGCCCGAGCGCAUGAAGGCCAGGGGCGUUAUUUCCUCGGUCGUCGACUGGAAGAAGUCUCGCGAAUUUUUCUACUGGAGAGCCCGAAGGCGGCUCCUUCAGGACGAUUUAGAAGGCCGCCUGUUGGCAGCGGAUCCUCGGCUCGACUUUUCGCAAGCGCGUGCGAGGAUCGAAGGCCUCCUCGACGCCCACGGUGUCCAAGGCUCCAGCGACAAAGCAGUGUCUGCGUUCUUCACCAGCGUUCAGGGAAAAGCUACGGCGCAAGAGCUUGUAGACAAAUCCCAGCGAGAGGGUGCGGUGGAUAAGAUCCGAGAAAUUCUCGCGUCCUUGCCUAAGGAAGCUCAGAAGGGCGCGCUCGAGGACGCCGUCAAACGAGCCGCUUGA